CAUGCAAAAAGUAGAUGGCUCUUGGCUUCAAGACCACCACAAGCUAUGGCUUUACCACCAUCUUGUAGUGCCCAAGCUUUCUUGGUCUUUCCAGGUUCUUGAACUCACACAAGGUUUUGUACGUGAACUGCACUUUAUGUGUUUACCAUUUCUGAAGAAAUGGUCAGGCCUACCUCGAUGCGCAAACUCUGCCAUUCUUUUUAUUGGCAGUCGCAAACGCUUUGGCUUACGCCUCCACUACCUUCCUACGGUGUGGAAAAAGUGCCAGUCCAUCAAAUGGCACAUUCUUCGAUCGAGUGGGGACGCGCGCAUGAGGGCGCUGUACACUCUGCGUCGGAGUAAGGAUGCGAAGCUGACAAAGCGAUAUGCGGCGACAAUAGAGCUGGAGUGUGCAGAGGCAUCAGUAGGUUCAGGGACUCUCCGUCCACCGUCAUCUUCAAGUCAUCGUGCAGGGUUGGGUGCUCGUGCUCCGAAGCAGCAUUCCAAACCCCCGAGGAAGGAUCUCCUUCAAACAUUUGAGGAGAUCAACGCGCAGGAGCAGAUUUUGAGGCUGAAGACUCUUCAGGUGCAAGGCAAGUGGUUGGAGUGGACAUCGGUGAUGUGGCAGGACCUCUCGUGGAAAUCCCUUUUGUACGGUGGUACUGGUAAGGAUUUGAAAUUUCUUCUCGCAUCAACCCUCGACGUGCUACCUUCUCCGACGAACCUACGCCGUUGGGGAAACACCGUAGUGGAUCCGUACUGUAGUUUGUGCCGUACCUGGGCCUGUACUACGCGCCACGUGCUUGGCGCUUGUCGCGUAGCGCUGGACCAGGGACGUUACACCUGGAGGCACGACAACGUACUCGGGGUCAUCGUCAGGAACAUGCGUGAGGAGAUUCGAAUCCGCACUGCUGCAAACACCGUACAAACCGAAAAUUCAAAUGAGCUUGACUUCAUCUCGUUUUGCAAGGCGGGAGAGAAGCCAGUUCGCGUUCAGCCCAGACGAAAGUUGGUUACGACUGAUCUCCUGUCAGCGGCCUCAGACUGGAAACUUCUUGUCGACUCAGUUAGUGCAAAGAUUUCUUUCCCUAGCUGUGUUGCACUUACCACCCUAAGACCAGAUAUAGUUCUGUACUCUACGAGUCGUAGGAUUGUAUUCUGGAUGGAGUUGACAGUUUGUGCUGAGGACAGAUUCAGUGUCAGUAACUCGCGGAAGGACAGGCGGUAUGCGGAUCUGGCCGAUCAAUGCCGAGCAAACGGGUGGCAGGUCGUUUCUUUUUCGGUUGAGUAAGACGUCUCUGCGAAGCAGCUACAUCAUCUGGUUGCGGCGUCAACAAAAACACUGGUCGGAAGAUCCACUUUUCUGAGGUACUGUAUGUGGGGCUCCGUUUAUUGAGGUGCGUUGAAAUUUAUUCUCUUUAUCUUAUUAUUUCUUUUCUAUAAUUUCCCCAUAUGAGUUCCUAUCAGUUGCUGUGAACACCUUGAGUGGAGAGCGCUUGCUCGAGCGUUGAACCGGGUUCUUAAUCCACCAUACCCAGUUCGCAAGGCUGGGCGGGGUUGUGAGCAGGCUUUCAUUUCAUCUUUUCUUAUUAUUUCUUAUUAUUUCUGCUUUUCAUCUCAUUACAAAAAUUCUGCGCUUUUUCUCCAUCUGCGCAUAAAAUCUAGACUGACAACCUGCUUGUUAAAUCAUGCACCUGCUUUCAGGCGUAAAAACCCUGUUGUAGAGGUCUCAGUCCUCAUUUGUUAGACUUACCUGUCUUUAUAAAUGUAACUUACUCUCUCUCUCUCUCUCUCUCUCUCUCUCUCUCUCUCUCUCUCUCUCUCUCUCUCUCUCUCUCUCUCUCUCUCUCUCUCUCUCUCUCUCUCUCUCUCUCUCUCUCUCUCUCUCUCUCUCUCUCUCUCUCUCUCUCUCUCUCUGCCUCUCUCUGCUCUCUCUCUCUCUCUCUCUCUCUCUCUCUCUCUCUCUCUCUCUCUCUCUCUCUCUCUCUCUCUCUCUCUCUCUCUCUCUGCCUCUCUCU